AUAUCCCCAUCAAAUUCAAUUUUCUUCAUUCCCCAAGUCUCUAUCUUCCUUUCAACCUAACAAACUAAAAUAAAAGAACUUCCUUGUUCACUUGAAUCACUGCUUCCUGAGUUUUUUUUUCCAGUUCUGCACGAAAAGAAAUGACUGGGUUUUUCUCUUCAUCCAAACAUUCAUCCCCUCAACAUUCUUCUCCACCAUCCACACAUCAUAAAUUCAGUGACACUUUAAUGGAGGAUACAUUAAAGAACUCUGAAGAAAUUAUUAAAAGAUGGGAUCUUGAUAAGUCCAGCUCUAAUAAUCUCUUCCAAGAUAGCAGGGCAGAGGCUAAGCAGUUUCUGGACGCUGUAAUUGAUUUACAACAUGCUAUGCAAUUUGUUGUAAAAGAAAGUUCCAGCUCGCAAUUGCUUGUUCGAGCUCAAAAUCUCAUGCAAAUCGCUGUUAAGAGACUUCAGAAAGAGUUCUACACCAUUUUGUCAGGAAAUCGGUACUUUCUAGAGUCUGAAUCUGUGUCAAGAGAAUCCACCCGGUCUAGUGGUUCUGAUGAAGAUCAAGCUUCUGAAGAUGAUAAUGCCGAGAUUGAAGCUCGUUUUGCUGAGAUUUCAAUUGCUGAUGAAGGAGAAAAGGUUUCCGUAGCUGUGGAUCUGAAAGCCAUUGCUGAUUGUAUGAUUGAAGCUGGGUAUGGAAAAGAAUGCGCCAAGAUUUACGAACUUAAUCGAAAAUCAGUCAUCGAUGAGACAUUGUAUUACUUGGGUAUUGAAAUUUUUUACUAUUCAACGGUUCAGAAAAUGGAUUGGAAAGAUUUGGAGAAGAAAAUCAAGAUCUGGUUGAAUGCUGUUAAGGUUGCUGUUAGUACUCUGUUUUACGGCGAGAGGAUUCUCUGUGACCAAGUAUUCUCCAUCUCCGAUAACAUCAGAGAGUCUUGUUUCACAGAGAUUGCUAAAGACAGUGCUCUAAGGCUGUUCACUUUCCCGGAGAUGGUGGCGAAAUACAAGAAGCUAUCUCUUGAGAAAAUGUUCCGUAUUCUCGACCUCUACGACUCUAUUUCUGAACUCUGGAGUGAAAUCGAAUUGAUUUUCGGGUUCGAUUCUCUGGCGGUUGUUAAAUCUCAGGCGAUGACCUCCAUGGCCAAGCUCCGAGAUGCUGCUCGAGCCAUGCUGUCGGAGUUCGAAUCGGCGAUUAAGAAAGAUUCAUCCAAAGUGGUGGCUGGUGGCGGAAUCCACCCUCUAACACGCUAUGUUAUGAACUACCUUAUUUUCCUCGGUGAUUACAGUGGACCCAUCACCGAUAUUAUCGCCGAUUGGCCGGCAGUGGCAAAGUCACCGCUGCCGGAAUCUUACCUUUUGAGUCCAAUCGCCACCGACGACGACGGGAACUCACCGUCUUGUACCAUUUCCGUACGGCUCGCAUGGCUUAUCCUCGUUCUCCUCUGCAAACUCGACGGCAAAGCAGGGUUUUACGGGGACGUUCCGUUAUCCUACUUGUUCUUAGCAAACAACCUAAACUACGUCGUUUCGAAAGUUCGAGAAUCCAGCCUGAAGCUCCUAUUAGGACCCGAUUGGAUUUCAAACCACGAAGCUAAGGUAGAACAAUACAUGGCAAAUUACAAGAGAAUGGGUUGGAGCAAGGUGAUGAUGUCACUGCCGGAGAAUCCAACGGCUGAUAUUUCUCUGGCGGAAGCCAAGGAAUGCUUCUGUAAAUUCAGUUCGUGUUUCGAAGAGACAUACUGGAAGCAAAGAUCAUGGGUUAUACCCGACCCGAAACUCCGCGAUGAAGUCAAAAUAUCACUGGCGAAGAAGAUCCUUUCGGCUUAUCGACCAUUUUACGAGAAGCACUGUGAAAAGGUGGCAUGGAUGGGGAGUGGUGGCGGAGUUGAGUCAAUUGUCAGAUUUGCCCCUGACAAUGUGCAAAAUUACUUAUCCGAUUUUUUUUACGGAACCGGUUCUUCAGAAAACUCCAGUACGUCGUCGUCGCACGGGUCAUCUUCACUGUCGAAUUCAACGUGGUCAUCGCCACCACGAGGCCGUUGAUAAAUAAUAGUACUUCCUCUGUUUCAGUUUAUCGUUUUAGCUUACAUGAUAUGUUUUAUCCGUACAGUAUUAGAUUGAAUGAAGUAUUCUUUCAAUUGUGUAAAAGAAACAAAAGUUGUACAUUCUUCAUUUUGCUUAUUACUCAGAAAUGUUAAUGAUGCCUUUUCUAUAU